UGUGCUCCUUUAUGUGCUGUAUUAUUUAAUAGUUUUGCGAUGAUAACCUUAUCAAGAACACGAACUCAUAAUCAUACGAAACGUAUUUAUCGUUUUACACACUCACUAUUAGAAGAUAUGGCCGUUGUAUGGACAUAUUGCACACGCUCAUCAAUUCCUUAAUCUGUAAUUGAUCUCGCGGCUUAUUGUCAUUCAAUUCCGUAUCCGGCAGGAUAAACACUACAUCGCAAUAGUGAUAGCUUUUCUCGGAAGAUUAAAAAGGAUACGUGUGCCGGAUCCGCGUCCAAAUCGUGUAUUCUCGAGUUUUCCAGUGAAUCAUGUUUGUUAAUGAUAAAGAAAUGAGAUAAGAUAUCACAAUGGCAAAUGAAAGCUUGUGGUAAGAGAGAUAGUCCCGGCAUUCGUAAUGUGAGAAUUAAUUGAAAAUUUUUACAGUGUAUAUUUAAGUUAAAGUACGUGUAUUUUAAGUUGAGUUAUUCUAUUUAUCAAUUCUUUUUGCAAGAUGACAUACUUGUGUAUUUACCAUCCGUAUCCGGCAGGAUAAACACUAUCGCAAUAGUGAUAGCUUUUCUCGGAAGAUUAAAGAAGAUACGUGUGCCGGAUCCGCGUCCGAAUCGUAUGUUCUCAAGUUUUCCAGUAAAUCAUGUAUGUCAAUGAUAAAGAAAUGAGAUAAGAUAUCACAAUGACAAAUGAAAGCUUGUAGUAAGAGAGAUAGUCCCGGCAUUCGUAAUGUGAGAAUUAACUGAAAAUUUUUACAGUGUAUAUGUAAGUUAAAUUUGGAUAUAUGCUCUAUUAAGAGUAUGCAGCAUGAUUCUGUGGAGGCAUUAAUGACCUUGUAUUGAAUACAUGUUCCCAUCUUAUUAUCUUGUGUGUGGUGUGCAGCUACAUGUAAUUACUGUAUUGCAUAAUGAUAGUUGGUGUAUUACAUAUUCGCUUUUUCUACUGUGUUCGCACCUAAACUCGGUGAUGCAUGUUAGCAGUAAAAUGCUUACCUAUGAGAAUAUUACGUUCCACACAAGUCAGCAGUAUGCAAACAGCACUUGAAGUAGAAAGAUGUAGCUAGUAUCAGAUCACAUCAAGCUGUGCAGAUGAUUUACUUGUGACUUGUUUAUACGUCAAAGAAAUAAUAAGUCCAGAUUGUUGAAUUGAAAAAAUCAUCUUGCAUCAAGCAACAAAUAUCCACUCGUUUUAUGGUAUUAACAUAAAAGAUUUGAAUGCUGUUCAACCAUUUUGUUGGUGAUUAAAAGUGGAAUGAAAAGAGAAAGAAUGUGCUGUGGAAAGCAUUUAUCUUUUUAUAAUUUAUAAGUUUUGUAUAAGAGCUUACAAAAUGGCCUUGGAUAGUUUAUCAUAUCAAAAUUGUUGGCUUAUCAGAAGGCGAAAGUAAAAUAUUAUAUCAUGCAUUUUUACAAACAAACAUGAGUCGGAAUGAAAAUAUAAUUCAUGCUAAAGCAUUUGUAGUAUUGAAUUAAAUCAGCUUGUUAGUAUAUAUCAUGGUGCAGCAGCGGCUUCCUAGUUUCGAUGUUGUACAUGUAGGUGGUCGAAGUGGUCGGCGAUUUAUAUUGACUCUCGCGAUUGGAGUGACUUUGGGUUUCAUAUUGGCAUUGCUACUCAUUACGUCCUCUAAGAGCGUGUCGCAUAUGUUUAGCUGGAUGCCGAGUAGCUCCGGCCUUUCCAGAGAUCCUCACCAUUACUCGGAACUAGAAUCAGAGAUCGGACCGGAAACCGAAGUAACAUUCCAUGGUGAGGAUGAAGACUUUCAUAAGGGGGAAGAUAAAAUUGCUCAGGAUAUGGCGAAAAAGGUGCGAGUUCUCUGUUGGAUCAUGACUGGUCCGAAGAACCAUCAGAGCAAAGCUCGUCAUGUAAAAGCGACAUGGGGGAAACGCUGCAAUAUACUUCUGUUCAUGAGUUCCGCGGAAGAUACCAGUUUACCUACCGUGGUAUUGCCGGUAAAGGAAGGUAGGGACAACUUGUGGGCUAAAACCAAAGAGGCAUUCAAGUAUGCUUACGAAAAGUACAAAGACAAGGUAGAUUGGUUCAUGAAAGCCGAUGACGACACUUACGUAGUGGUGGAGAAUCUGCGGUACAUGCUGUCGCCUUACAAUCCGAACUCGUCGUUAUACUUCGGCUGCAGAUUCAAGCCUUUCGUGAAGCAAGGCUACAUGAGCGGCGGCGCAGGUUACGUACUUAGCAAGGAGGGUUUACGCAAAUUCGUAGAAGAGGGUUUACCUGACAAGACCAAGUGCCGGUCGGAUAACGGCGGCGCGGAGGACGUGGAGAUGGGGAAGUGCCUGGAGAAGGUCGGUGUGCGUGCGAUGGACACGAGGGAUCCUCACGGGCGCGGUAGGUUCUUUCCGUUUGUGCCGGAACAUCACUUGAUACCCAAUCACGUGGACAAGAACUUCUGGUAUUGGAAGUACAUCUACUACGAGACCAAGGACGGCCUGGAUUGCUGUUCCGACAGUGCUGUUUCCUUUCACUACGUGUCACCAAACAUGAUGUACGUUCUAGAAUAUCUGAUCUAUCAUUUGAGGCCAUACGGGAUUAAUCACGGCCUGGAGAAACUCCUUCCAGAUCAAGUGUCAACGUUGACCGAUUACUAG